CUUAUGGAGAAUGGCACAGAAGCAACAGAGUUCAUCCUCUUGGGAUUAACAGACGACCCUCAUCUUCAGGUCCCCCUCCUCCUGGUAUUUUUAUUCAUCUACCUCAUCACUCUGGUUGGGAAUGGGGGGAUGAUGGCAAUCAUCCACGCAGACCCCCACCUCCACACUCCAAUGUAUUUUUUCCUCAGUAACCUCUCCUUCGUAGACCUGGGUUACUCGUCAGCGGUAGCUCCUAAGAUGGUGGCCGCACUGCAUUCAGGGAGCAAAGUCAUCACCUACAAUGGAUGUGCUGCUCAGUUCUUUUUCUUUGUGGGUUUUGCCACUGUCGAGUGCUACCUCCUGGCCUCCAUGGCCUACGACCGCCAUGCAGCUGUGUGUAGGCCACUCCAUUACUCCACCACCAUGACGGCAGGUGUGUGUGCCCUCCUGACUGUUGGCUCCUAUGUCUGUGGCUUCCUCAAUGCCUCCAUUCACACGGCAAACACCUUUAGACUCUCAUUCUGUGGCUCUCACGAAGUAAAUCAUUUCUUCUGCGACAUUCCGCCACUCUUAACUCUCUCGUGUUCUGACACUCGCAUCAGCAGCUUGGCUGUCUUCUGUGUCGUGGGCUUCAACGUCUUCUUCACCCUCCUGGUCAUCCUCAUCUCUUACUUCUUCAUAUACAUCGCCAUUCAAAGGAUGCGUUCUGUGGAAGGACGGAAGAAAGCCUUCUCUACCUGUGCCUCCCACCUCACUGCUGUCACCAUCUUCUAUGGAACCAUCAUCUUCAUGUACUUACAGCCCAGCUCCAGCGAGUCAAUGGACACGGACAAAAUUGCUUCUGUGUUUUACUCGGUGGUGAUUCCCAUGCUGAACCCCUUGAUCUACAGCCUUAGGAACAAAGAGGUAAAAAAUGCUCUCUGGAAAAUACGCAACCAAUUUUGUCCUCCGUCGUUGAGUGUGAGUAGGAAGUAGAUAGGUAACUGGGGGGGAUACACCUUCCCUCAGACCUAGAUGCCAUUGAACUCUGAGAUUUGGCAAAUUUCAGCUCUUUUUUCUCCAAGAACAGUGGUUACUCCUGCCACCUGGGGAAAUCACAAAAGCAGCACUUAAAA